AAGAGGCAAACAGAUUCAGUUGCUACUUUGACUGCCGUCGAGUGCGUACACGCCGUCUCUGCCAAAGUGUUUCACGUGACGGCUCCGCCACACAUCGCGCAAACUGAAUCACACACGAAAUCACAUUUGAAUUUUUUUCUAAACCAAUGAUCCAGUCUGGACUUGUGGUGUUUGAUGAUUGACUCGAUCUCGAUGAUUUGAUUAUUUUUGUGAGGUUUAAUUGCAAAUUGUGUCAACGCUGUUUUGUCUGUUUUUCCGAGCCGGGCGGUCAGCCAGUGAUUUUUUAAAGAAAGGUUCAUUUGUCCAGGAUUUUUCAUGCACGUGUCAAAGUCGCAGGUGUAACCAACCCACGGAGGUGUUUUGAUUGGAAGCUCAAAUCUAUUAGCGUGAAAAUUGUCACGUGGCUGCCGGGAUGGAUGAUGGAUGUGCGCAACAACAUCAGCAGAGCAACGGUGGAGCCACCGUUCACCAUCGUCCGGCCGGUUCGACUGGUAAUAAGAUAGCCCUGCACAACAACAAUAACAACAACCAGCAGCAGCAUCACGUUGGAAUGCAGUCCAAUCAUCAACCGCCUUUUCUUUGCUCCGGAUGUGCCACACCCAUCGUCGACCAGUACCUUCUCAAAGUAAAAACUAAUUAUUAUUGGAAACAUUUUCAAUCUCCACUGGAUUUAGCUUUAGACUGUUAUUGGCACGAGGAUUGUCUCAAGUGCGGAUGUUGCGAUUGCCGGCUAGGAGAAGUCGGUUCCACCCUCUAUACCAAAGCCAAUCUCAUCCUGUGUAAACGGGAUUACCUCAGAAUGUUCGGCACGUCGGGUAAUUGCGCCGCUUGCUGUAAACCCAUUCCCGCGUUCGAAAUGGUCAUGAGAGCCAAAACCAACGUCUACCAUCUCGAUUGUUUUGCCUGCCAGCAGUGCCAUCAAAGGUUUUGCGUGGGCGAUCGGUUCUACUUGAAUGAAAACAAGAUCUUGUGCGAAUACGACUACGAGGAGCGGCUCUUAGCUCUCAAUAUGCCAUCAAAUAAUAAUGCCUCAACGCAGCACAUUCAAAGGCGAGUGUCUGACAUUCAUCAAUCAGGAGAUGGUGCGAUAGGCUAUGAUUCACAAGCUAGCCAACCUGGCAGUUUAUACCAUCAACAGCAGCUUGGCUAUGACCAUUUCUCUGAUGGAACACAUUUCAUCAGAAGUGCACCCUCUGUUUAUCAGCAACAUCAACAGCAGUAUGCUGCCAAUCGACAAGUACAGCACUUGGCUAGCAGGAACAAUCAGCACAAGCACGGUUCUCCCAGUGAUGGCUCUUCGAGUGGCUAUGGAAGCCCAGACUCUAUCCUCCUUGAUGAACGCUAGGCAAGAAGAAUCAGGCUUUCUCUGAUGUGUCUUAGAUUCUUGUCGGAAACAAAGGCUGUAGGGAAAUGUUGUAAGUGUGUGAUAUGCCUGUUCAGUCAGCCAAGAAGGCUACUCUCAGUACAAAGCUAUGCAGUAAAGAAAAAAGAAAACAUAGGCAAACACACAAUCAAGCCUUUCAACUCUCCUAUUGAUGACUGCUUUUCUUCUGGUCAAGUUGAGCCACACGGUGGUGUAUAUCAUGUAAACAUUUAAACCCAUGUUUGUCUUGCACUAAGGUUUAUUUACUUUUUCAUCCCCUAAUGCGCUGUGAUUAAAAUUUUUGACACUGUAAAAUUUCUCUUUAUUGUAUGCAUAUAAACACCGUAAUUCUUUGAUUUGGAUUUGAUAUUCUGUGGACGAAUGGCAAAACAACAAAAGAAACGCGACAAUAAAUGCACUAUGCCCAAA